GUCAAAUAAUAACCUCACUGAAAGCGGAGAAUAGACAUUUUUGAGUUCCAAUGGAGAUGAGUUUUGAGGAAGGCAAAGAAAAGCUCAACAAGUAUGCAUGUGCAUGCUCAAUAGUUGCCUCCAUGAUUUCCAUCAUAUUUGGCUAUGACACCGGUGUCAUGAGCGGAGCCAUGAUAUUCAUAAAAGAAGACCUAAAAAUCAACGACGUCCAAAUCGCAGUCGUCGCCGGAAUACUAAACCUCUUUGCCCUCGUCGGAUCUCUCGCUGCAGGCCGAACGUCCGACCAAAUCGGCCGCCGCUACACCAUCGUGGUGGCCUCGAUCAUCUUCCUCUUCGGCGCUAUCCUGAUGGGCUACGGCCCCAACUACGCCGUCCUCCUCACCGGCCGAUGCAUAGCCGGUAUCGGCGUCGGCUUCGCUCUCAUGAUCGCCCCCGUCUACUCCGCCGAAAUCUCCUCCCCCUCCUCACGUGGCUUCCUCACCUCCUUACCGGAACUCUGCAUCAGCCUCGGUAUCCUACUCGGCUACGUCUCCAACUACUGCUUCGGAAAAUUGGCUCUCAAAGUCGGGUGGCGAAUGAUGCUGGGAAUCGCCGGACUUCCUUCCAUCUUCCUCGCACUCGGGAUCCUCAAAAUGCCCGAAUCUCCGAGGUGGUUGGUCAUGCAAGGCCGUUUAGCAGAAGCCAAGGAAAUCCUUUUCCAAGUUUGUAAUUCCAAGGAAGAAGCCGAAAUCCGUUUACUAGAUAUUAAACUUGCCGCCGGGAUCGAAGAGAGCUGCAACGACGACGUUUUAGCCAAGGUCCCGACGAACAGCCACGGCAAAGGCGUUUGGAAAGAGUUGAUCAUACGGCCGACGCCAGCCGUCCGAUGGAUUCUAAUUGCCGCCAUCGGAAUUCACUUCUUCGAGCAUGCGACAGGGAUUGAGGCUGUCGUUUUGUACAGUCCAAGGAUUUUUAAGAAAGCCGGGAUCACGAGCAAAGACAAGCUCCUGCUCGCCACGGUCGGAGUUGGGGUCACGAAAACGACAUUCAUUUUAGUUGCGACUUUUUGGCUCGAUAGGAUCGGAAGGAAACGUCUUUUGUUGACCAGCACGGGUGGGAUGAUUGUGGCUUUGACUGGGCUUGGGUUUUGUCUGACCAUGGUGGAGCAUUCCAAAGAAGAGCUUGUGUGGGCCUUGGGCCUUAGUAUUGCCUCCGUGUACGUGUUCGUUGCUUUCUUUUCUAUUGGGCUUGGGCCCAUCACGUGGGUUUAUAGUUCGGAGAUCUUCCCGCUGAGGCUUAGGGCCCAAGGAAUGAGUAUUGGGGUUGCGGUGAAUAGGGUCAUGAAUGCCACAGUUUCAAUGACUUUUAUUUCGAUUUACAAGGCGAUUACUAUUGGAGGGACUUUCUUUAUGUUCGCUGGAAUAGCUGUUUUGGCUUGGGGAUUCUUCUAUUUCUUUUUGCCGGAGACAAAAGGACGAACUUUGGAGGAGAUGGAGACGCUUUUCAGCAGAAAUGGGAAGAAAAGUGGAAACGUAGACAUAGAAAUUCAGAGAAGGAAUGGUUAUGUACAACAUUAAAUAGUACAAUUAUUAGGGAAAUGUUAAUAUGCCGUACGGGUUUGUGCUUUGAGCUUUGAC